AAACGCCUCGAUCAUUUGACGUGAUAAUUGAUUAUUCCGAAUAGUUCAGCAGAAAACGAUUGCAACAUGGCGCCCGGAACAAUAGAACCUCGUCCCGUCAAAAAGAUUCUCGUCGCCAACAGAGGCGAAAUCGCAGCACGAAUCCUCUCCUCAUGCCGAGAACUCAACCUCGAAACCUACUCUGUCUACACCGAAAACGACGCCUUACACACCUACAAUGCCUCUCACGCCAUCAAACUCAAAUCCCCAGCUUCAUACAUGAGCAUCGAAGACCUCCUCUCCAUCGUCCAAGAACAUAAAAUCGACGCCGUACAUCCAGGCUAUGGUUUCUUAUCUGAAUCUCCAGACCUCGCGGCUCGAAUGGCAGAAAUUGAUGUCAUGGUCGUAGGACCCGGAGCCGAAAAUCUCGAUCGCACGGGAGAUAAAUUACGAGCGAGACAGUUGGCUGAGGAAUGUGAUGUGCCUGUCUUACCAGCUUUUACGAAUCCGACGGGGAAAGUUGCGGAUGUGAGGGUUUUUGCUGAGAAAAAUGGUUUGCCGAUUAUGAUUAAAGCUGUAGAUGGUGGUGGCGGGAGAGGGAUUCGAUUGGUGAGGAAAGCGGAAGAUUUGGAGGGUUUGGUGAGGAGGGCUAUUGAGGAGAGUCCGAGUAAGCAAGUUUUUGCUGAGAAAGCUGCUGUUGAUGGGUUUCGACAUGUGGAGGUGCAGAUUGUGGGGGAUGGGAAGGGGGGUGUGAGACAUUUAUGGGAGAGGGAAUGUUCGAUUCAGAGGAGGUAUCAGAAGAUUGUGGAGUUGGCGCCUUCGAUGUGUGAGGAUAGGGAAGUUGUGAAGCCGGUUAUUGAGGCUGCGGUGAGGAUUGCGAAGAAAGUGAAGUAUGCGAGUUUGGGGACGUUUGAGUUUUUGUUGAAUCCGAAGACGAGGGAGUAUUUCUUUUUGGAGAUUAAUCCCAGGUUGCAGGUUGAGCAUACGAUUACUGAGUCGAUUUGCUCGAUUGAUAUUGUGAAGGCACAAUUGAGAUUGGCGCAAGGAGCUUCGUUUGCGCAGGCUGGGCUGGACGAUCUGGCUCAGGAUCCACUACAACCACCGAAACAGCAUUCGAUACAGCUACGAGUGACAGCUGAGGACCCAGAGAAGAACUAUUCGCUGAGCAUUGGCAAGAUUUCAUCCUUCAACCUGCCAUCUGGCGUUGGCACACGAGUCGACACAGCUCUGGUUCCGGGUGCAUCAGCAAUCGUGAGCUCCGAUUUCGACAGCGUGGUUGCAAAAAUCAUCAUAACAGCCCGAACAUGGCCAGAUGCAGUCAGUAAAGCCAGGCGAGCACUACAAGACACUUACAUUAACGGCAUCCAAACUAAUCUCGCCCUGCUGCGAGCAAUCGUUUCCCAUCCGGCCUUCGAAAAUGGCGAAUGCGACACCACAUGGCUAGAAUCCCACCACGAAGAACUCCUCGCCACAAGCAAGAAAUUACAAAAUCCUACCAAUCCUUUCCACGGCCUCGUGCAACAAUCAUCCGGCACCACCACAGCCCAAGCAACCGCAAACAGCGGCGGCGCCACCACCUUCCGCAAAGACGACGCCUGGACAAUAGACAUCCAACCCCAAGACUCAGCAGCCAGAACCCAACAACAGAAACAACAACCCCACCACCUCCACCUAACCAAAAUCCUCAAAAACGACUUCCCCUCCGCCCUCUCCGCCGAAAUCCUCUACACCACACCCGACUCAAAAGAACCCCUCCCUUUCACCAUAACCCUAAACUCAACCUCAGCUUCCGGCGCCGCAAUGAGUUCCAACCACCCCUACGGCUCGGCAUCAAAUCCAUCACACAUAAUAAUCCCGCUUUCAGGGAAAUUAGUUGAAGUUUUGGUAGAUGCUGGGGAUACCGUGAAAAAAGAUGAAGCAAUUUGUGUGAUUAAGCAGAUGAAAAUGGAAAUUGAAGUGAGGAGUCAUAAGGCAGGGAUUGUGACGUGGGUGACGGAGGCGGAGGAUGAUGAGGAUGUUGCGGAGGGGAUGUUGGCUGCUGUUGUGGAGGAUGAGAGGGUGGAGGCGAAGUUGUAG